AAAAAGGUCGCCAUUACAGUGUCGGAACAAUCAUAAAAGUAUCUGGAGGAUUUAUUUAUUUCAAGGUGAAGCAACUAUAAGUUGGUGAGUCCUGCUGUUGAAAGAUUCAGUAACAAAUGGCUGAAAAACAUCUUAAAAACUACCUGAGCUGUCAUGUGUGUUCAGAGACUUUCAGAGAUCCUGUGUCUCUGAGCUGCAACCACAACUUCUGUUCAAGCUGCCUGCAGAAAUUCUGGGAACAAGCUGGAAACAAAAACUGUCCCAUUUGUAAAAGAAAAUCAUCUGAGGACGAUCCAAAGGAGAACUUUGGAUUAAAGGAACUGGCUGAUUCUUUUGCUGGAAGACAGAAAUCUGGAUCAUGUGAAACAGAAAAAGAAGUAAAGACAUUGACUGUGUGUACUAAACAUCCAGAAAUUCCUUAUUGGUUCUGUGAGGACGAGCAGAGAGCUGUGUGUCCUGUCUGUGAGUUUUCUCUCCACCAGCAUCACAAAGUGGUUCCUAUAGAACAAGCAGUCAGUGACCUGAAGGAGCAGCUGAAAUGUGACUUAAAGUCUCUGCAGGACAAGAGGAACACAUACAAACAAGUGGAGGAAACAUACAAUGAUGUGAUUCAACACUCCAACAAGCAGCUGUUGUCCACAGAGAAGCAGAUCAGAGCAGAGUUCAACAAGCUGCAGCAGUUCCUGAAAGAGGAAGAGGAGUCCAGACUGGCAGCUCUGAGGGAGGAAGAGGAGCAGAAGAGGAAGACUAUCAGCAGAGAGAUGAAGAAGAUUCAGGAUCACAUCUCCUCUCUGUCAGACAGCAUCUGUGCUGUUGAAGAAGACCUGCAGAAAGACAACGUGCCAUUCCUCAGCAGUUAUAAAGCCACUCAGAGCAGAAGCAGAACCCAGUGCUCACUGUCAGAUCCACAGCUGGUCUCAGGAGCCCUGAUAGAUGUGGCCAAACACCUGGGCAACCUGUCCUUCAGAGUCUGGGAGAAGAUGAAGGAGAAGGUCCACUUCAGUCCCGUCAUUCUGGACCCAAACACUGCAAAUUCAUGUCUCUAUCUGUCUGAUGAUCUGACCAGUGUGAGAUAUGGAGACAAAAAGCAGCUUCCUGAUAAUCCAGAGAGAAACACAAAGUACCCCACUGUGUUUGGCUCUGAGGGCUUCAGCUCAGGGAAACACAGCUGGGAGGUGGAGGUGGGAGAUCAUCCGGACUGGCUGGUGGGUUUGGUUAAAGAGUCUGUUGACAGGAAGGGAGAAUUAUAUGCUUCACCAGAAUAUGGAAUCUGGCCUUUAGUGCACGGUAAUGGAAAAUACACUGAUUGUGUUGGUAAGACUGUCACAGUGGAGAAGAGUCUCCAGAGGAUCAGAGUCCAGCUGGACUAUGACAGGGGGGAGGUGUCCUUCUACAACCCUGAAGACAUGACUGACAUCUACACUCACAGAGACACUUUCACUGAGAAACUCUUCCCAUAUUUCAGUGUUGCUUCAGCUGGAGAAGCAAAAACCUCUGAUAUCAAAAUUUGUCAAACUCUUGUUUCUCUGAGAUUUUCAGAAAAAUGAAUCAGAUGUUCAAACUUUUACCAUCAUAAAUUGUUGUUCAUCAAUAGUUUUCAGACUUUUACACGUCAAACUUUUUAAAUCAUUGAUACAAAUCAGCAGUCUGAUUUAAUCUUUAUACUAAAACAGAUUCAAGGCUUCUUAAAUGAUUUUCUUCAUGUAAAUAUUUUCUAAUCUUGCUUUACUUAUAUUAGAUCUCUGCCCAACAAGUCACUGUUAGUUCAUGACUCCAUCAUUUCUCACAAAUGAGAUUUUCUUUUUAUUUCAGAAACAUGGUUAACAGAAGGCACAAGUUCUACUUUUCUUAAUAAAACAGCAGCCAAAAUGUUAGUUUUAUGAAUAAAUGCUGAAAUGGGAGGAGAGGAGGUGGAGAAGCUGCCUCAUUUAAAGAUGCAUUUCCAUGGAAAGAGAUUUCAUUUGGGAAUUUUAUUUCUUUUCAAUAUCUUAGUUUUAUUUUAAGGGGUGCCUCCAUAAUUGCCUGUCUGCCUAUUUUUGGAAUUUGGUUAAAUUUAUAUGUUAUAAUUUAUAUAUAUAUAUUCUUCAUCACAAGUGCUUCAUCCAGCUGUGUCAUUAGUUUGUAAAUAGAUUCAUUUUCUUCUUGUUUUUAAUUAACUUUACUGAAUAAAGUCAAAUGUUUAAAAUACAGAAAAAGAAAGAAAAUAAAAUUUUAUCCUGUAAAAUCAUUUCAGCCAAAGUUUUAUUUUACUUUAGAUCAAAGUUAUUGAACGUGGAAACUUCUGCUCAUGAUUUUAUGUCUGAACUUUGUCGUUAGGAUUUUUUCUGUCUGUUCAGAUCAAUUAAUUCCAGCUUUUAAUCUUUAAACUAGAAAUAUUUACAUGCUCAUUUAGAUGUUUCCAGAAGUAAUAAAUGUCAGAACAAUCAUCAUUUAUAGAUCGCUCUGUUGGAUGUUGAAGAGCUGAAAAUGUGAGAAAUAAAGUUUUACAUCUUUAAAAAGAGAUGUAAAACUCAGAUUCUCCAACUGGUCUGAGCUUCAGUGUUCAACAUUAGAAACAAGCAGAAAUCAAACCUAUUGAGGAGAAAAUUUCACUUUAUUUCUCCUCCACUGGAUGUUUGUUCACUAUUAAAUGUUGUGUGUAAAAUAAAGAAUAAAUCAGAGGUUUUCAGCAGUAUAUUCAUUCUUCAUCAAGUUUUCUAAGUUCACCUGCUUCAUUCAUGUUGACAGAGAAAUGUUUAAAGAGUCUGGACACACAGAGCUGGAAACAUGAGUCUUUUUAUUCUGCAGCUGCAUUAUGCAAACACAGUGUAUGAGAGGUGGAGAUUAUUGUAAAACUUUUCCAACCAGGAAACUUUGAUUCAAAGACUUUCACUUUGAUAUUA